CACACCUGAUCAUGCCAGCUGCGAGGACAACUCACAUGGUAGCUAACUAACUGUGAAGAGAGGACGCUACAUUGUGAACAAAGUUUGUGACAUACAGACAUACUGGGGAAUCAAGAGGUGGACGUAUGCUGUAAAAUGUCUGCAGCUAAAGUAAAGAUGCGGGGCAAGAAGAUGAGGAACCAGCCCGUCAGUGUGCAGUAUCCAUCCGGCAGCAGCCAGAACGGAGGAGACACCUCGGUUACCGGUGGAGGGCGUGAUGAUGGUCCAUCCGAUGUACGUCCAUCUACAGAAAGGCCAAAGAACCCUCACCAGCGGGCUGGAUGGGUCCGUGGACACCAGAAAGAUGGUGGAGGGUAUGCUAAGGAGAUGCCCAAGCUAAUCACUGCUGGAGCUUUUGCCAGGGCCAGGUCGGCAGAGGUCAGGGCUAUGCUGAAAGCCGUCACUGUGACAACAGGAAGCUCCCAUGUGUGCGGAGCCCUGCCCAAACACAUGAGGAGACGGGCUAUGAGCCACAACACCAAGCGUCUCCCUCGCAGGCUGAGAGAUGUGGCCAACCGAAUGCGGGAGAAGAGCCUCCAGGCCGGCUCAAAGAAGAAGAAGGAACAGGCAAAGAGCAAGAGCCGCAAGGCCCGCCGCCGGCACGGAAAUCUAUUGCUGGAAUUUAACCGCCGGCAGAGGAAGAACAUGUGGCUGGAGACACACAUUUGGCACGCCAAGCGCUUCCACAUGGUUAAAAAGUGGGGCUACUGCCUGGGGGACAGACCGACAUACAAAUGCUACCGGCCUUGCUACAGGGCAAUGAGCGGCCACUGCCUGCUGCAGGACCUUUCUUACUACUGCUGCAUAGAGCUACAGGGAGAGGAAGACAAGCUGCUGGCUUCUCUGUCACAGCUGACCAGCAAGGAAGCCGGUCCUACAUUUGCUGCAGCACUGAGUCUAUCAGGGCGAAGACAGGGCAGUGUGAUGGUGUACAAAGCAGGACAGUACCCCUCACAGCCCCUGGGCCCUGUCACCUUCCUCUGGAGACCCCGUACACAGGGCUCAACCCACAGGCAGCUGUGGAUUUGGGCUCAUCCCAUUAUUAAAAAAGACCUUCUUCCUGAGUUACGAACUGUGUGCCAGUGUUGCGAGGCUGUAGUUCCUUCAGUCGUUCCAGUGGUGACACCUGCUGAGGUUGUUCCUACCCUAGAACCAGAACCAGGGCCAAAGCCUGAAAAAAACCCUGAGACCAAGCAGAUAACUGGAACUAAGAGAAAGCGAAGCUGUAGGGUUUCCAGUGGACCUCCAGCCAAGAAGAUCCUGGGUGAUGGAACCAGAUCUCCCACCACCCCAGUUACCUGGAAGUCAAGCUCAACUGGAAUAGUUAUAAAUGACCUCACAAUGGAGAUUGUGCGCUACCGCCUGAUUGGACCACAAUCCCAUUCUGUUCUGGCGGAAACAUUGGAGGCUGCCACAGACUGUGAUGAAAUGAAUAAAUCCCAGCCCUCUUCCCUCUGGUGGCCUGAACACUGCAAAGACGAGAGCAAGAUGAAUCUGCAUCAACAACAAGCUGAUGUCUAUCACAUACUGAAAGGCAUCUAUUCGACUGGAGAGCUCCCCCCAGGCACAGUGCUGGGACUGACUGUAGAUGACCCCAGGCUUACUUUACCAACAAAGAAGGUUAAAGCUUUGCCCUGUGUAAAGCAGGCACAAGAGGUGGACGAGGAGAAAAGGAAGGAGCUGAUGUUGCGAGGAGUACCUGAACACUGCUGUCAGAGUUACCUGUGGGAGCAGUCUGUCCGGGACAAUGUCACUGAUAACAAGAUAUCAGAGCAGGAGUUGAACCGGAUGAGAAGUGAGGUGCUGGUGCCGGGCUCACGGCUGAGCCCCACUCCCCUGCAGGGCCGAGUCCCCAUCCUACUGGUUCACCAGCCUGGCAAGCAGGUGGGACAUGAGAUGAGCUCCUGGGGUGCUGGAUGGGACCUGCUGCUUCCUAAAGGAUGGGGCAUGGCCUUCUGGGUCCCACUGGUGUACAGAGGAGUCCGCAUCGGAGGGCUGAACAUGAGUCUGAAACACUCUCAGAAUAAAGGAGCCCCCCACUUCCCCCAUGACUACCCAGACUGCCCUGCAGGCGUCCACUUUCAGGAGGAGCAGGAGACAGAGCUCCUGGACAAGUUCAAAAGGCGUCCGCCCGCCAAAAGGACCAAUUACAUCAAACAUGGCUGUCUGGCACCGUUCCGUUGCCCAUGGCAACAGCUGGCCGAGGAGUGGGAGCUUAUCUUGAGGGAAGGAGGAGAGGAGAGGAAAGGAGACGGCCAGACUAGGACUGCAACAGAGGCUGACACAGAGAUGGAUGAGGAGGUGACAUCACAUAGAGAUAUCACUGUAACGAAGCCUCCGAGCCGCAUCACUGUACUGAGGAACACAAAGUCACUGAGGCUGCUUUCUGGUUGGUGCAGACCCACGACAUCUAAAGGUCAAAGGCAUUGUCGUGUUAGGGAGCUGCCGCCUCUCGACCGCUCAGCCGCCACAUCGUUCCUUACAGCACACGGGAUGAGUCUGGUGUGGGUCCGUCUGUCACUGCUGUCCAAGGGCAAACCAGAGCUCCAUGCCAUGGUGUGUGUGCCAACUGCGGAGGACCUGCAGCUGCUGAAGAAAGGGCCCGGCAGCAGCGGCCCACAGGAGCCCCCGCACAGAGACCACUUUAAAAGCAGAAUCAAACGCAGGAAGAAGGGCCCCAAGAAAGCUGCUACAUCCUCUUUGUCUAGUAAGACCGAAGGCAAAGAGUCAAACCCUCCCUCUGCCUCUGAACCAAACCCCACAACAUCCAAAGACCCCAAAUCCUCUCCCCAGUCUUCCUUGGACCGUAUCUUCGGGCUGUGGCCAGAUCCUCUGCCAAGUGUUACCUCUCACUGCUCCCGGGUGACUCUAGGCUGGGUCACUCAGGGCGACUUCUCCCUGUCUGCAGGCUGUGGGGACGCUCUGGGGUUUGUCAGUGUCGCCGGUCUCCUUAACACCCUCAUCAAGCAGCCGAUGGAGCACAGAGGAAUGCUGCUGCUGCGCAACCCCGCCUCCCUGCAUUACCGCUUUGCUAAAAUCAACAUUGAGGUCUGAUUAAAACAUCUGAGCUUGGCCUCCAAAAACCACUGAAUUCUUGGUUAAUGGAGAAAGAUCAACACGAUUUCUGUCCUGCAGAGGCCUGAAAUUAUGUCAAUAAGUCACAAGAUGCUUCCUUCACUAAGUGAUUUCUGUGCCUUGAUAGUUGCUUUCUUGGACUGUGCCAUCAUCUACUCUACAGUGUUGGUUAAAGACUUAAAGACGGCAUGCAUAAGGCAUGACUACAAGCUACCUUGUGGUGCUGUUGAAAAGAUCAUUUUUAGUUGUGUAUAUUUUACUCUGGCAAGUGACACCCUCAUUAUUUCAGUUGGAAAAGGUUGGUUGUUUUCGUAUUUGUUUCCAGCGCCUUUGUCAGAGGGGUGCUUCAGUUAAAUACUGUAACUGAAUGAAAGCCUUUUAUCCAAAAUGGAAUUAAUCUGGGGCCUAUUUUACAUUCUUCUGUAUCCAUGCUGAUGAGUAUUUAUGUUGGCCUUCUGUUAUUUAAAAAAAGUCAAAUAAAUAGGUUUGAAUUUGAGAAAA